AGUUAGUUUUAUAAGACUUACCUACUGCAUCUUUAAGCUACUGAACCUGUAUUUAGUCAGGAUCCGUCUCUGCUUCAGAUCUCUGACAGUGUGCAGACACUCAGCCAAUUUAUAUUCUCUGUUAAGAGUCAAAUAACAAUUUAGUCUACUUAAACUUAAAUUAAGACGUGUCCAAAAUGUAAUAGCUGGUUUCUGUAUAUUUAGCAGUAAUGGGAAACGACCCGUCUUUCGUCGACAGGCGUUAUUUGGCGUUUUCCUUUGAACGUUUAGAAUUCUUCUACAGAAUUCCGUGUGUAGGGUCUCUAUUGGUGUUUGUCCCAGAAGUCAUGCUCCAAUCUACUGAGUGGGCCCCAAAUUUCACUUCCAUAGUGCUAUCGGUACACUAUCGAAUUAAAUGUAUUAAUUUAAUUUAAUUUUGUAUUUAAUUUAUUAAUUUAACAUCUCCAUGUGCCUGAUGGCGUGUCUCGCUGUGAGAAGUCAAGAUAGCCCAAAUCACCAUGAACCUGGGUGUUUUAUUUUGAAAUCUGUUUUAUUUUUGUAAAGCAUCCGGCUGCACUGUGGUCUUCGGUCUUCCUGUAUGUGAUUACCUGCCUGGCUUGACACAUUCGCUCGCGUAUCGCGCAAGAAAUAGAGGGGAGAAACUAUCGCUGUAGCGCCCGGACCGACGCGGACGCUAUACGCGCCCGGUAUGAACGGACAGGUUGGAUAAUAUGGGCGCCGAAAUAAAAAUAACUGCGCUACGCUGCUAUACGAGACGCUUACGCGCCCAUUGUGUACUCUGAUUUGUGCAUGUUGCUGGCUGGGCUCAGUCCAUAGAUAUAUACACUCAGUCCUGCAGCAGCCCGAGAGGCUCUCCAUCCGGGACACGGACUGCAAGGAGACGGCGUCGUGGAGCAACAACAGGCCGGAUGUCUGCAGCAACAAAAUGGGAAGGCGGCAGUCACAAAGGAAGUCAGUGCAGCCGCAGUACAAGCAGCCAAGUCCAGAAAAUAAUGACAAGGAUUAUAUUUACCUUCUUAAGAAAGCCAAGGGGACAGGAUGGAUGAGGGUGCCCUGCGCAGUUGACGAGAGAACGAGGCCGCAGCAAAGAAGAAAGCAGAAACCGAACACUCCCUCGACCAAACGCCUUACUUCUCAACACAGUGCUCAGGGAACCUCAGAGUCAAAGGCCCAUCCACUGUACCCUGCAGAAGACAAGAUGGAGCCAAAGGUGCAGCUGGCUGCUCAGCCCUGCAGCCACGGGGAACACAAGCCCACAAGUUUCAGAGUGAGCAGGCACACAGCUGCCUUUUCCUGCCACCGCCUGUCUGAUUCAAGUCCUACUCUGCAGGAGAGCCUGUCACCAAAGGCAGAGGUAGGAGGUCUGGCUGGCCAUGGAGAGGGCGACAGCGACACAGACUUGUCUGAGUCAGAGAGACUUCCUGUGUCGCCCUCUGGUGGGGUUCCUCCACAGCUCCAGCUGAGGCCAGAGGUCAUCGAGGCUGAACACUGUCCCUCUCGCAGCCACAGGCCCAGAGGACACAACCAUGGUGCUUUUGACUUUCCAGACUUCCUCCCUCCACCUUUUAACUCCUGGAGCCUCAGUCAGCUGGCUGUCUUCUACAACAUGGAGGGCCGGGGGGGCCCUCAGCCCAGGCCCGUGGGCCCUUUGGAAAGGUACCUUGAUAGGCUGCUGCAGCUGGAGUGGCACCAGAUUCAGACAGUGCAGGGGGAGGGGGGGAAGUCAACGGGGUCAGAUGUCCUUUCCAGCUGCCAUAGGUCCCAUGCUGCUGCCUCGUCACGCCUCAGCUCUCCAAAGUGCAUCCUCCAGUGUCAGCGUGCCUUCUCCCUCACCUUCCUCUCCUGCCUGGCCAGUCACUCUGCCCUGCUCUCCGGCUGUGCCUGCACUCUCUGCCGUAUACGCUACUCCACCUGUAGCACAUCGUGCUGCCGCUCCUCCCACCACACCCAUCAGUCCAGACUGAGUCCCAUGCUGGAGCGCAUGGGGCCCACGUCGCUCCCCAAAAGGAGCUACAGCGAGAACCGGGUGAAGUCCUCAGACAGGAGCACUGCACCCCGAUCUCAGGUGUUCAGCAGCCCUGUGCGGACCAACAGCCACCUGAGGAGAAUGCAAGCCUCAGGAAAUAUCCGCAACCCUGUUAAAGUUGCUAACACCAAGCCUCAUUCCACUGCCAGAGGCGGGAGUGUCGGGGCUGGGACGGAUCGCGUGGGAGCGUUGGGCGACGUGGUGGACUAUAGGACAGGAGGGUUUAGGAGGAGGAGUGGCUCAGAGCAGAGAAGAGGUGGAGUAGAAAGACAACAAGGUGCAUCAGAGAAACGACGAAGUGGUUCUGAGUAUAGAAGAGGAGGAGCUGAGCGGAAGAGAAUAGCUGAGCUCAAGGAACGGGAAAUAAAACCAGAUGUCACUGCAAUAAUGGACAAUUUACCUGGGCCCAAACAUUCUCCAAUAAACAGACCAAACAGACAGAAACAGGUGGAAUUUGUUACAUAACAGCAGGUUGAAUACUGUAAGUGCAAUCUGUCUGCCACAGCUACAGUUUAAUAUUUGAUUAUGAAUGUAUAUUGUCAGUCAUUUUUGUGUUAUUUGAGCAGGCUGACAGAAGGUGUAGCAAGCAAUUGUAAAUGUAUUUUCUUCAUUAGUGGAUGGAUUUCUCUGUUCUUAGCCAAUUAUAGUUACAUUAUUAUGUUUUAUCCAAUGCUGUGAUUGCAGUCAAAUAAGAUAUUGCAACAGUGGAUGUUUACAUGCACUAUUGAUCAUACAUAAAUCUUAUUUUUUAUUUAACCAAGUAAGCCUUCGUCGGCACAAAACAUACGUACGGAGGUACAUGCCGCCAGUUUUACUGGUGAUUAUGUUUUGGUUUGUUGACAAAAGAGCUGCAUAAUAAAGGUGAUUAAGUUUAAAGUUGUCUAA